AUGCAAUCUGCACAAAUCAGAUCAGCUCGAAUAAUGAUGGGUAGGAGAAUAAUAAAGCAGCAUCAUAUGAUACAAGCUAUAAGAAAUUCUUACGACUUGACGAAUUUAUUACAGCAGUGCAAGGUCUCUGAUAUAAGCAAGGUCCAUUCUCAGAUCGUCACGGGUGGUUAUGGACGAAACCCAUUUGUCGGGACUAAACUCAUCGGCAGAUACUCUGAAUCUGCUUCCCCAAACAUGGAACAUGCAAGGAAGGUGUUUGAUGGUUUGUCUGAUCGAGAUGUUUUUUUGUGGAACAUGAUUAUUCAGGGCUAUGCUAACUCUGGUCCGUCUGUGGAAGCGGUGAACAUGUAUAAAGAGUUGUGUCGGAGUAGUGUUCUUCCUAAUCAGUAUACGUUUCCGUUUGUGUUUAAAGCGUGUGCAGCUAUGAGAGAUCAGAUUGCAGGCAUACUAGUCCAUGCACACGCUAUCAAAUUAGGAUUUGGCUUCAAUUUGUUUGUUGGGAAUGCUCUGGUGGCGUUCUAUGCCAAGUGCCAGAAUAUAGAUGCUUCCAGGUGUGCAUUUGAUCAAAUCUCUCCCAAGGACCUUGUCAGUUGGAAUUCCAUCAUUUCUGGUUACACCACAAAUGGAUAUUAUCAUGAAGCUCUUGUGCUUUUCCAUGCCAUUCAAAAGAGUGUCGAUUGUAAGCCGGACAAUGCUACUCUUGUCGCCAUUCUCCCUGCUUGCACUCAGUUAGCUUCUGUCCAGGACGGCCUAUGGAUUCACACUUACAUCUUGAAAAGGGGAAUGGAAAUCAAUGCUGCCUUGGGCAGUGGACUUAUUGCUAUGUAUGGAAACUGUGGUCGUCUUAAUGAUGCACGCUGGAUAUUUGACCGCAUAUUGAAUAAAACGGUUGUGGUCUGGAAUGCAAUCAUAAGGUGUUAUGGAAUGCAUGGCCACGCAGACGAGGCAGUUAAAUUAUUUUCAAGAAUGAUUGAAGAUGGUGUCUGUCCAGAUAGUCGCAUCUUCUUAGGUUUAUUAUCAACUUGUAGUCAUGCAGGUAUGGUCACAAGAGGCCGAGAGCUUUUUGAGAGCAUGGGAGAUUAUGGUGUUGAAAGAAGCAAUGAGCAUUAUGCUUGCAUGGUGGAUCUCUUGGGCAGGGCAGGAUUCCUCAAGGAAGCAAUGGAGUUGAUAGAAGCCAUGCCUUUGCAGCCAGGAAAGGAUGUAUAUGGCGCACUACUUGGUGCUUGUAGAAUACACAACAACAUGGAACUUGCUGAAAAAGUUGCAAAAAAGUUGUUUGUCUUGGAUCCUGAGAAUGCUGCACGACUUGUAAUUUUGGCGAAUAUGUAUGAAGAUAAAGGGAGGCUGGCAGAUGCAGCAAUGGCAAGGAAAAUGGUGAGAGAGAAGAAACUUAAAAAAUCAGCUGGAUAUAGUUCUGUGGAGUUGGAUUUUGUUUAUCAUACGUUUGGUGUGGAAGACGAGUCUCACCCAUUCACUGAGCUCAUUUUCGACACAUUGGAGAAGCUGUAUCAGGUUAUGGUUAUGGAAGACGAUCUCACACUUAUUUCUUGAAAUUCUUGGUCAAUGGCGGCGGAAGAGUGCUGGCAUUCUUGGUGUGCGAAACCAAAGAGGAGGCGGAUCUCUCUCUCCAUCUCCCCACAAAGCAUAUGCUUCCUCCCCAUGCACUGCAUCAUCUCCUACCAGAAGGUCUUUCUCGUCC